AUGGGCGUCUUCGGUUUCUUCAAUUCCCCUGACGAGAAGCGGAAAGAGGAAGUACGCACUGGUGCGCGUGCGCCAGAUAGAACAGAGCGACAGUUAUGCUGGGAUGCGCGCGACAAAUUCUACAAAUGUCUAGACAAGCACGAUGUUAUCGACUCGCUAAACGGCGACGGCAAGAAAAUUGCUGAGAAGCAAUGUGCGCAGGAGAAUAAGGGUUUCGAACAGAACUGCGCCAGCGCCUGGGUAACUUACUUCAAGCGAUAUCGAGUUGCCGAGCACCAAAAGAAGAAGACACUGGAGAAAUUACAACAAGAGGGCGCGAAUAAGAUGGUAGUCGAAGGAUCUACAAAGACAUAA